AACCAGAGAACAACUUCUGAGCUGAAUGUGACUGCUGUGACAGCUCUUUUUGAAAUGUAAAGAGCCAAACUCAAGACAUUCAUGCAAGUAUACAGAGAAAUAAGAAGACCCUGGAGGCAAGCACACACAUAAGAAGAUAGGCGCACAUCUUUUUAAUCUGGAUAAACAAAACUGCAAGAGGAUAAACCCCUGAAGACAGAGAGGACGCGCCGAAGACCUUAAGAUAAUAAAGAAUACAGAGGAGUAUUCAAUAAGAACAACAUAAAAACAGGAACCAUGAGUCAGAAGAAGGUGGCUCCAGCUAUCAAGACUAUGGGUGGGAAUACACCCCCAAGCUACGAGGAGGCAAAUCAAGGAUGCCCAGGUUACUAUUAUGUGGAUGGAGAACAAGUGGUUUUCUCCUGGGACGAUGGGAAUAUCCGUCGUGUUUUUAUCCGGAAGGUGUAUGCCAUCCUAAUGUUGCAGCUGUUUUCCACUCUUGGGAUAGUGACUCUUUUUACAUUCUGCAUGCCUGUGAAAAUCUACAUUCAGACUCAUCCAGGCCUUUACUCGCUGGCUUACCUCUUUUUCUUCAUCUCCUACAUCACUCUGGCCUGCUGUGGUGAUAUCAGGCGGCAGUUUCCCUGGAACUUCAUUCUGCUCACCAUCUUUACUCUCAGCAUGGCUUGCAUGCUUGGCUUCAUUUCCAGCUUCUACAACACUCAGUCUGUAGUGUUAUGCCUGGGAAUCACUGCUAUGGUGUGUCUGUCUGUCACCAUCUUUAGCUUCCAAACCAAGGUGGACUUCACUUCCUGUCAGGGUCUUCUCUUUGUCCUCUGCAUGGUGCUGUUUUUCUGUGGCAUCAUCAUGGGCUUCGUUGUCCCCUUUGGCUAUGUGCCAUGGUUGCAUGCCAUCUAUGGGGUCAUUGGGGCGAUUGUGUUCACUAUGUUCCUGGCUUUUGACACUCAGCUGCUGAUUGGCAACAAGCAGUACACCAUGAGUCCAGAGGAAUAUGUGUUUGCCACCCUCAGCCUCUACCUGGAUGUCGUCUACCUGUUCUCCUUCCUGCUACAGUUGUUUGGUGGACAUCAAGAGUAAAGAUUACCCACCUUCUCCUCCAUCUUCCUUCCGACCUCCUGCUUCCACCUGACAACAGCAAUCAGUAUUUUUACAUUCAUAAAUGCCAUGGCUCACUUCCUCCACUCGGGUAUGGCUGAGGCUUCUCUUGCUCGACCUGUCUACUUGAACUAUAGACCCUUUCAAGAGAGUUCCAUUAUCAGCAUCAUAGUUGGCCCCACAAGGCUUCUG